UUGAUGCCAUUGCAUUCUGCUGCUUGACCAAGGAGCUAGACGGGCUAGCCGAGAUGAGGCUGCUUGGAAUUGCCUUUCUCCUUGGGGGGGCAGGUGUUCUCCAUGCCUUUGCAGUCAUGGAGAAGGAAGACGUCUUCAAGAAAACACCCUGCCCGGCCUUCCUGAUGUUUGACAAUGCCGCCUACUUGGCUGACAUGAGUUUCGAGCUGCCUUGUAACUGCAAGCCUGAAAAAGUCAGCUCAGUCGUCUGGUACUUCCAGAAGAGCAUGGGCAGCCGGCAGACCAAGGUCUUAACAGACUUCGAUGGAACCAUAUUCUUGGAUUCAGGCCACAUCCGUGUGGGCAGCGACAUGCUGAAGCGCUUCAGCAUUAGGAUGUUCAGUCUCAUCGUCUUCCGGGCCCAGGUGGAGGAUUCGGGCCACUAUCUCUGUGGUACCAAGCAAGGGGACUUCUUCUAUGGCUAUGAUGUGGACGUGCAACCAACCAAGGGCAUCACUGUGGCCUUUGAGGACAGGAGCCAGCACCCACAGAAGGAUCAGAAAGAAGAGCAUUUCAGCAUGUUCACCACCUUCUGGGACUGGACCAAGUGUGACCGUUGUGGGGUGAGAGGUGAGCAACGGAGAAUUGGCCUCUGCUACGUGAAGAGCGCCUACCUCUACCCCAGGUACCGCACAGUCACCACCGACAUGGUGUCUUGUGGUUCAAAAUCUGUCCCCAGGCGCUUCCAGGGCACCAUCCGGCUCAGGAAGCCCGAGGUUGUCAUCCGAAGCUGCCUGACGCCUUGUGUGCAGAGAAAGGGCCCCGAGGAAGGAGUGGUGUCCAUCUCCAACCUCAUUGCAGAGGUUGGCCAGAAGCCCUGGCUGCCCCAAGUCCCCAUUCAGUUCCACAAGCAACAGCUUGGGAGCGGUUUGAUAAUUGCCUGCCCCGGAGCCAGGCCAGAGCAUGCAGUGGCAUGGGACAAAGAUUCCACUCGACUGUACCGCACCAGAUUCCUCACCGGGGUCAACAAAAGCAUGCGGGUCUUCAUCGACCAUGGCAACCACCUGCACAUUCGAUUUACUCAGCUGGACGACAGGGGCAUUUACUACUGCUGGCGUGAAGGGCAAAUGGUUGCAGGCUUCCGGCUCUCUGUGGGGUUCCGGGGCGAACGCAAGCGAACCCUCGCUGACCCUGAGACGAGAUACGCCAUCAAGGCCAUCCUCACCAGCUAUGUCCUCAUCACCCUGGUUUUCAUCAGCAUCCACGUUGGCCGCUGCUGCUUUCACGUGUUCAGAUGCACUCCCAUGAGGUAGCCUGGCCAGCGAGUCUUGGCUGCAAGCCAGGGAAAUGAUUUCUCCUAUUCAUUUGUGAUUAUGUCUUGGAACAUUUUCACUGGCGCUGUGGGACUUUUCCUCAUGCGCAUUAGCAAGACAUGCCAGCAAAAUGCUACUACUGCAUGCUCACUAAUUUCCUUUCACUGUGGAGCAAGAGAGAACUGAACCAUGGUGAGACCAGCAUUCAACGACUCGCAGCUUCGGCUUGUUAGGGACGGUCUUGGAACGAGGACGUCUGGGGGCUGUUCCUUCCUGUGCCACUGACCUGCCGAGCAACAUUGGGCCAGCCGCUCUGUACAAUAAAGCAAAUAUUUUGCACGGACUUAGAUCUAGUCCACCCCAGAAGUGCCACAUUGGCACAGCUGCAUCGCUGCAGCAUGUCUGGUGAAGGCUGUCUAUGCCGACAGGGAGAGCUCUCUGGUCUCCCUAAUAACUCCAC